CGCCUUCAAUAAUAUUAAUAAAGGUUUAGUAAUAAGGAGCCUUAAUAUAAUGGAAAAUAAAUCGUGUCCACCCCGUGUUAAUAUUUCACAGCAAUGACAACUCUGUGAAAAUAGCGCGAAAAUUUUGUCUGCUUUGCGGAAAAAACAAAGUGAAAUUUCGUCCAAAUAUGAGUAGCCGUAAACACAGGGGACACGAAAAUAUGGAAAAUCUGUGCCCCGUCACCAGAAAACGCGCAACAAGUAAAAAUCUCGCUGUAGGUGUGGGCACUGUCCUUUGCGCCACAAAAUCGUCUCAUUACGAACACACUUCCUCGCCAUCUGCACUAACCUUCGAGGCCCUAGAAGAGAUGGGUGUUGGAAUGUUGGACUCCGAGGAGAGCAGCUCAUCAGCCAUGUCAGCCAUUGCGCUGGUCGUGAGUACGAGUGCAAACAUCGAUGACAAUUCCAACGAGACUACGCCUCAUGCCAAUGUGGCGCGUAUGUCGCAUCUGCAGCCCCAACGCCUCAGUGUUAGCUCCACAGCCGAAACAACGUUGGAUAGCAGUGGGAGCAACACGACCAUCGUCGACGAUGUGCAGCAGAAGCUUCAAGCUCUGGCCCAAGCCAAGCGCUCGGCUCUGAGUUCUGAGUGUAGCAGCAACUCGAACUCCCCCAGCAAACGGACGCGAAACCCACUAGCCGCAGUUUUAUGCAACAAUCAGUGCGACUCUGCAGCUCCGCUUAACAUGCAGCCCUCCACCAGCAGGCAGGCUCUCCGUCAGCACAAGAAGCCGACCGCUGCGCCUACGCCCCAUUUGGUGCCCAAUAGUCUGGUGGGAAAAGACAGCUUCUUCGUGUAUCGAACGGCCGCAAUGAGUGCCCACAUCAACAGUGGAAUAAACUACUUCGACAAGUUGUCCGAUGAGAUUUUACUGGACAUUUUCAAGUGGCUACCAAAAAAAACACUUUUGCGCAUGGCGACUGUGAGUCGACGUUUCAACCGAUGUUCCCGUGAUGAAACUCUUUGGACACGGUUGGAUCUUGGCUUACGCACACUUUGUCCAGCUGCUCUCGAACAGAUUGUGCGCCGGGGCGUCUUGGUGCUGCGUUUGGCGCAGGCUAAUAUACAAGAGCCCGCCUUCACACCAUUGGUCUCCGAAUUUAAGUCCCGCUUGCUGUAUCUGGACUUGAGCAUGACUUCCAUUAGCCGAAUGUCAUUGCGCACCCUUAUAUCCCAGUGCCGGCAGCUAAAAAAACUAAGCCUGGAGAAUGCAGAGCUUAAUGAUGAAAUUUGCGCCGAGAUUGCAAAAAACAAAUUUUUGGAGGCACUGAAUCUUACUAUGGCUAGCGGCUUAACGGCCAGGAGUGUGCGACUGAUGAUGGAAUCCCUCACAAAUCUAAGCAGCUUAAACAUUUCAUGGACAGAUUUGAGUGCCGAUGCUGUCACUGCCUUGGUCACGCACAUUUCACCCAAUGUCAUCCGUCUCAACGUGGCUGGCUGCCGACGCGUACUGUUCGAUUCCCAUGUGAGAUCGUUGCAGACCCGUUGCCCCCAGCUUUUAGAGCUCGAUCUGUCGGACUGCAACAGCCUGACGCCAGCGGCCAUUGAGGCAAUUAUGCAGUUCCAAAUGCUGGAAUAUUUGUCCGUUUCUCGCUGCUACCUUAUUCCGCCGGCCAGCUUUGUUGAAUUGAAGGAAAUGUCCUCUCUCACGUAUCUGGACAUUUUUGGAAUGCUUUCGGACGGGGCAAUGGAAGCGCUUGAACAGCAGAUGCCCAAGAUGGGGAUCAACAAGUUUAUUCAUAGUUCAGUUUCUCGCCCGACAGUAGGCUCGCGUCGUACCUCGAUUUGGGGGCUACGCACGAGGGACUAAAUCCCCUCCCCGUGUAUAGUGUACCCAACCCAUCAUUAAUUAAUUUGUAAUCAGAUCAUCUGCAUUUGCCUAUCGCCUAGCGCAUUUGUUUUAUAUUCAAUUCAAUGAAAUUCAUUUAAAGAUA